AUGGCGGCGCCGGCGUCGCGGCGGGUGUUUCCGUUCCGGGACAGUCGUCCGGCGGCGGUGACGGUGCCGGAGCCGAGGGAGAGGGAGGGUCCGGGGCCGCUGGUGCUGGAUAACGGCUCGUUCCAGACUGCCGCCGCCGCCGCCUCGGCCUCGGCGGCCCCGGCGCCUGCGCGCUGGCUGCCCCGCUCCCCCCUGGAGCGCGGCGUGCCCGUCAACCUCCACCUCCAGGAGGCCCUCCUGGACUACACCUUCCACCACCUCGGAGUCGCCUCGCAGGGCUGUGUUGAUCAUCCCCUGGUUGUAACGGAAGCCGUGUGCAACCCCCUGUAUUCGCGCCAGAUGAUGUCAGAGCUGCUGUUUGAGUGCUAUCACGUGCCGAAAGUUUCCUACGGGAUAGACAGCCUGUACAGCUUCUAUCACAACAGACAAAAAAACUCCCCUUUCAACGGCCUCGUUAUUUCUUCCGGGUACCAGUGUACACACAUUUUACCCGUCUUAAAAGGAAGAUUAGACGCCAAAAACUGCAAACGCAUCAAUCUUGGAGGCAACCAAUCAGCUAUAUAUCUUCAGCGCCUUCUUCAGCUAAAAUAUCCUGGCCAUUUAGCAGCCAUCACUCUUAGUCGCAUGGAGGAAAUCCUGCACGAACACAGCUAUAUUGCGGAAGACUAUGGAGAAGAACUGCAGAAGUGGAAGUCUGCCGAAUAUUACGAGGACAACGUGCACAAGAUGCAGCUCCCUUUCUCCAGCAAGCUCCUGGGCAGCACCCUGACGGCCGAAGGGAAGCAGGAGCGACGGCAGCAGCAGGUGCGGAGGCUCCAGGAGCUGAACGCCCGCCGGCGGGAAGAGAAACUCCAGCUCGACCAGGAGAGGCUGGACCGACUGCUCUUCGUGCAGGAGCUUCUCGAAGACGGGCAGGUGGACCAGUUCCAUAAAGCGCUGGUGGAGCUGAACAUGGACUCGGCCGAGGAACUGCAGUCGUACAUACACAAACUGAGCUUGGCCGUGGAACAGACCAAGCAGAAAAUCCUGCAAGCGGAAGGCAACAUCGAGGUGGAUGUGGUGGAUAGCAAACCAGAGACCCCUGACUUGGAGCAGCCGGGCAGUGAGCAGUCGCUCGAGGAUGUGGAAAACAUAAACGAUUUUGAACCUCUGUUUGCCGAGGAGACCGCGGAAGUCGAGAAGCCAGUUCCGACGGUGCAGCCCGUGUUUAACCUAGCAGAAUAUCACCAGCUCUUCCUGGGAACGGAAAGGAUUCGAGCUCCCGAAAUUAUUUUCCAGCCGUCCCUCAUAGGAGAAGAACAGGCGGGGCUGGCAGAAACGAUUCAGUAUGUUCUAGACAGGUUUCCCAAAGAAGUGCAGGAGACCCUUGUCCAGAACGUUUUUCUCACUGGCGGCAAUAUGAUGUAUCCCGGGAUGAAAUCUAGGAUUGAGAAGGAACUGCUUGAAAUGAGACCUUUCCAAUCUUCUUUUCAGGUCCAUGUCGCCUCGAAUCCCAUAUUGGAUGCUUGGCACGGAGCUCGGGAUUGGGCGCUGGAGCAUAUGAACCACGAAGAAGGGUGGAUAACCAGAAAAGAUUAUGAAGAAAAAGGCGGAGAGUACCUUAAGGAGCAUGCUGCUUCCAACGUCCACGUCCCCAUUCGCCUCCCCAAACAGGCUUCCCGGACGGCAGACACGCCGGCCUCCGGCAAAGUAGCCGGAGCCGCUUUAAGCAGCCCCUGCCAACAGGUAUAGCGGAGCGCGCCCAAGGACGCAGACUCCUCCCCGUGAAGCGGCAAAGUUGGGGAGAACCAGUUCCAGACCACGAAACCCCUGCCUGCGUUCAUUCCAGCGGGUCAAGUCUAACGGGCAACUAGACGGAACGUGAGAUUGCCGGUUGGUAAAGUCAAUGACCGUGUGUCCGAAAUAAUAGGCUUCUCUUUUGGAGAAAGAGAUGGGUGACUGUUUUUUUUUUUGCCCAGAUGACUUGAACUGGUGUAUAUCAGUAGUCAGAGAGCUUGAAGCGGCCUGUUACGGUUAACUUAAGCAGAGCGAAUCGUGGAACUCGGGCACUGGCUCGCCUCAAGAGGUGCAAGUAAAGCUUAAGAGGAAAUACUAGAAGGAAGCGAAGAUGGAUGAAACUUGGUUUGAAAUGGGAUAGGAUGUGUUUUAUUAAAUGUUAAUUCCGUUUUCUGUUAAA